AUGUCUGGGGCGCAAUAUGGGGAGCGUGGGGGAGGUCUGCACGCUUCAGGCCUGUCCAAAGAUUCGAAUGGCUCCGCUAUUGGCGGAGCUGCAGACCUCCAAAACCUUCACUCGUCCUCGUCUCCUCGGCACGUUCACUUCCCUCCCGGCCACUUCCAAACUUCCUCAGGCUCGUCUUCGGCGAUACAGUCGCUCACUUCCGCCAGCACAAUCGACAGCAAGCUGGAUCUGUCGCCCACGGACAACGUUGCUCGUAAGGGCGUCCUGCGGGAGUCCUUCUUCCCUGACUGGAAAGAUGACACUGGAGGGCUGGCCGAAAUUGAAAGCCCAGAGGAAAUGCAGCGGAAAGACCCGUUGGGAACACAGAUAUGGAGGCUGUUCAGUCGGACGAAGGCGCAGCUACCGAACUCGGAGCGCAUGGAGAACCUGACAUGGCGGAUGAUGUCCAUGAACUUGAGGCGGAAGCAGCUCGAGAGACAAGAGCUGUCUCGACGGAGUAGGAUGCAUGCAAGCGCACCCAGCGGAAUCGCGCAACUGCGAAGCUCCGUCGACCAUCAGGCUUCGCCGACGAUGCAAUCCUUGGAUUCUAUGAAUCUUGACGACUUCAUUGUUCCAUCGUCCGUAGCAUCCCCGGCAGGGCUAUCGCCUUCAGCCGCACACGAGCCGGAUUCGACUAGCACCAGUGCUACUGCACCUGGCAUCCCGAUAAGGCGAUCAAGCCAGAUGAACGACCAGGACCUGCUUCUUCGCGCUUCCGCUCCUUCAGUACCACCUGCGGUCCAAAGAGGCAGCGAGUUUGGAUAUGUACAACGGCACGUGCGCAAGACAAGCAUUGACGAAAGAAGGCCCCCCAAGAGACGAGCAGAAACAUCGCCUCAAGUUCCAGCUGUCAACAGCAUUAUGAUACCCAAUGAUCCUGAUUCAGAAGCGGCUCUUAAUAACUACAGCCUCGACCAAUCCCACCUUCAUCCAGCGUAUCAACCCCAAGCUCUGCACCCUUCGCAAGUACCCUUUGCUCUCGACACUUUCAACAUUGACAACGAUCCGAUCAUGAGCUCUGCUGGCCCCUUCCAGCAGCAGUUUGCCUUCUCGCCGGUCGGCUCUCCGAUGAUGAACCAGAAUACCUUCUCCAGCAUGUUCAACCCGCAGUCAAUGGCCUCUUCUCUAAACUCGACCGACUACUAUUCAUCCCCCGGUUCCGCCUAUCCGUCCACUGUUUCCACUCCUCAGCCAAUACCGGAAGGCGAGCAUAUCUAUUUCGAUCGCACUGGCAUGGACAUACGACGGCCACAUCCCAUGCAAGGCUAUGGAUCUCAUCAACCUUCAAACCUUUCGACCUCAAUGCAACCUCAGUAUAUCUUCAACCCCAAUGGGGACACCUUGUUCAGCGCCAUCACACCAUCCGGGCCUCCUGCGCCCUUCUCUGCACCGUCAUCCCAUCAGUCAAGUCACAUCGAUCCGAGCCAGGUGCUGCACUCGGACUUCUCGACCACUCAGUAUCCCGGCAUGCAAAUCUCUCGUCAGGAGAAUAUGUUCACUUUCGGCGCCGACUCAGACAACGAGGAAGAUGAAGGAGGAUCGUUUCCAGAUCGGACUAUGCCGAUGCAGACAGAUUACUCGCUAAUGGACGACCCGGCGAUGGACUUGACCGGUGGCUACCAGUGGGAAAUAAACCUUUCCAAUCAGUUCAAUCCUAUACCGGCACGCUAUCCCGCAGGACCACCCCGAAAGACAGUCACGAUCGGGCAAACCGAGAUGGUGCCUUCGCCGCAGGACUGGCACGGUGGUGGCAGUCUAGGUCGCACUCACGGGUCCGCGGCGUCCGUGAGCGACAUUCGCAACCGCGGUAACGAUCAGCGACGACAAAAGAUACCAAGAACCAGCUCGACUCCCAAUGCACCCGCCUUGGCGAAUUCAUCCGCGAUCCACCAAAGGCCGCAAUCGUCACCGAACUCUCCUCCAGAAACAGCUGGUUCGGCAGCACCUUCACGUCCUACAACACCUGGCGGUACCAAGACUGGAGAGCAGAAUGGGGUCCCUACCACUUGCACUAACUGUUUUACGCAAACAACGCCUCUGUGGCGGCGCAAUCCCGAGGGCCAUCCUCUCUGCAACGCUUGCGGUCUGUUCCUAAAGCUUCAUGGUGUUGUCCGACCGCUGUCUCUGAAGACAGACGUCAUCAAGAAACGAAACCGUGGUAGCGGCAAUACGGUACCGACCGGAGGCGGCUCUUCCACGCGCUCGUCAAAAAAGAACUCGCGUAAGAACUCGAUCGUGCAGACUCCGGCAACGACGCCGACAUCUGCUAGAGGCCCGACUGACUCAGAGUCACCCAAGUCAAGUGCCGGUUCAGCGACUGGUGCGCCCAACGCCGGAAGCAGCACUCCCAUGUCUGGAUCAACCUCAACCGUGAAAUCCGGUGUUGUGCCUAUUGCUCCCGGUCCGCCGAAACCAACAGUCACAACCGUCGCAAGCACAGCGCCUAGUCGAACCGUCACGAUUGCGCCGCCAAAACGGGUGCGGAGACAGAGCCGAUCUGGAGGUCAUCAGAUCGAGAUGGCGGACGCGGAUGACACGAGCGGGAAAGCGCCGGCACGCGGGAAGCAAAUGCAGCCUGCGGUGCCUACCAUGCCGUCGCAGUUUGCGAACCCGAUUCCCAUGGGCGCGAUGGGGCAGGGUGUUCCGCCGGGCGGUCACAGCGGACCGCAGGAGUGGGAGUGGUUGACGAUGAGCUUGUGA